CCCGGGGAGGGGCGGAGGAGCCCCGGGGCCGCGCGCAGCCAGUGCCAGCGGCAUGGCAGGGCUGUCCCGCAGCGGGUUCCCGCGAGUCACCGCCCUGCCAGCCCUGGACGGCGCCUUCGUGCUCUCGCCGCUCGGGGGGCUGAUGUGCGCACAGGCCGUGCUGGGCUUACUGGUGUGGACUCUCAUCGCUGACACGACUUAUUACCUCCACGCUGCCUACAGCUGGGUGAUGUUUGUGUCCAUCUUCUUCUGGAUAGUAACAGUCCUUUUCUUCAUGACUUACCUUCUACAGCUUCAGCUCAAGUUCUACGUGGUCCCCUGGUCCCUCGUGCUGAUGAUCUUCAACGCUGUGGCAACUGUCCUAUACAUCACCGCCUUCAUAACGUGCGCGGCUGUGGUUCAGCCAACAUCCUGGCGGCAGUGGGAUUACAACCGAAGAGCUGCGGCAUCUUUCUUCGCCUGCCUCACCAUGGUUGCCUAUGGAGCAAGUACCUUCUUCAGCUUCCGUGCCUGGAAAGGGCUUGGCAGCAAUGCAGCCACCAGCCAAGUGACUGACCACGCAUAAGGAGGACAGCAAAGCCCAGCCACAGGCCACUCUGGCUUGUGCCAGGCUUGGAGCUUCACAUGCCAGCAGGUCUUGCUCUUGGAGCAGCGAUGGUCAGUACCGGGUCACGUGGAUGCUGCUCUGUGGUCUCUGAUGAUGCUUCCUGCUGAUGCACCCAUAGCAGAAACUCACUGGUGCUGUCACCGACAGCCUUGCUGGGAAAGCAUGGACUUGCUGGAGGCUGAAGCUCCUGCUUGUCCUUUGAGUUCAUCCUCACUGGAGCAGCUCCAUGGAGGGGUCAUUCCCAUACUAAAAUUCACUAAAUCAAGCUCUGGUUCCAGAUACAGUGUAAGUGAUUACAAUUAAUGUGGUACAUAAACAGUGGCAGAGCUGGAAGAUGAAGCCUAAGCAAAGGAAGCAGUGUGAACUGUUCUUGUAUUGAUUUCUAACAAUUUGAAGCACAAAUUAUAUAUAAAUCUUUAACAAAGAAAUCUGCUAAAUAAAAAAAAAUCUUUAAAAUCUACUUAAAUAAUAAAUAUCUUUAAAUAAAAA